AUGUCAAGUGUGCGCCCAGAGUUGAAAUUCUCCGAUGAUCGGGAUCAAAGAUCGUUCUACUAUAAGUAUCUAAGAUUAGCUGACAAGCCACAGAGAACUAUCAGGGUGGUUGAUAAAGGUGACUAUUACAGUGUGUUUGACCAAGAUGCAGAGUUUGUGGCCGAUCUUAUUUACAAAACACAGUCGGUUAUUAAGAAUUCACAUGUUAAGAUAUCCGGAAUUGACAAACAAACUGUUCAAUAUUUGACAUUAUCGCCAGCAGUCUUUGCAAACUUGGUGAAAAUUGUCGUCAUCGACAUGGGUUACAAGCUUGAAAUAUAUGACCGCACAUGGAGCAAUUGCAAAAUGGCCUCGCCCGGAAAUUUGACCGAAAUCGAUGAUUUGAUAAACACAUCAGAAUUAAGUUCCGUGUCAAUAAUUGCGGCCUUGAAGUUGGUCAAUUCAUCUAGUGAAGGAAGGAAAAUCGGAUUGGGCUAUUAUGAUCCGAAUCAUAAAUAUAUUGGUUUAUCUGAAUUUAUGGAUAAUGGUUUGUAUUCAAACUUGGAAUCGAUUCUUAUUCAAUUGGGUGUUAAGGAAUGCCUCCUUCCCGAAAAUGCGGAUUCUAAAGAUCCAGAAUUUGAGAAAGUGAAGCAUGUUAUAGACAGAUGUGAUGUUGUUAUCACUGAAUUCAAAUCCUCUGAAUUCAAUGUGAAGAAUGUUGAACAGGAUCUUGUUACAUUGACCGGUAAUGAACUUGUCCUUUCUACAAAUGAAAUGAGCAGUCUUCAGCUUGCACAGUCAUGUGCGAACGCGUUGGUUUCUUAUCUAUCUCUUCUUUCUGAUGAUUCUAACCGUGGAGCCCUGUCUAUUGGAAAGUAUAACCUUGAACAAUUCAUGAAGUUGGAUUAUGCAGCGGUCAGAGCAUUAAACUUGUUUCCUCCUCCAAACUUUAACAACUCUAUGAACAAAACAUCGUCACUUUUUGGUCUCCUUAACAACUGUAAAACUGCCGGAGGCACAAGACUUCUUUCUCAAUGGAUAAAGCAGCCGUUAGUUGAUGUCAAUGAAAUCAAUAAAAGACACAUGCUUGUUAAGUUCUUCUUCGAUGACAUGAAUUUAAGAACCAGCCUUCAAAACGAUUUUCUUUCUGGCGUUCCGGAUAUCGCAAAACUUUUGAAAAAGAUUAGCUCCAAGCGUAACAGAAUGGCCCGUUUGGAUGAUGUGAUAUGCCUCUAUCAGAUGUGCCUUAAGCUUCCGGUGGCUAUUAAAUUGUUGACCGAGGGACUAACAGGAAUUAUGAACGAUGAUGAAAAGGAAAAUGCUCUCACCAAGCAGUUGGUGAGCUCUCUGUGGAUUGAACCAAUUACGGAGUGUGGCAAAGUUUUGAAAACUUAUGAGGCUAUGAUCGAGCAGACGAUUGAUCUAUCUUCAUUAGAAAAUGCAACUUCAGCCAGCGCAUUCUCCAAUUCAAUGCUUGCUAUUAAUCCUGAAUACGAUGAAUCCUUGAUGAAUCUUAGUAAGAAGCUUGAUAAAGUACAGAAAUCGAUGCAUAAUAUUCACGCGGAUGUGGGUGAUGAACUUGGUAUGGAGUUGAACCGGAAAUUGAAGCUUGAGGAUCAUCAUUUACAUGGAUGGUGUUUCAGACUUACACGAAAUGAUGCCUCCUGUAUUCGUGGUAACCAUAAAUACAGAGAACUUUCCACAGUCAAGGCGGGUGUUUACUUUACAACAAAGGAAUUAAGUCAUUUGAGUCGUGUGUAUAAAUCCUUGCAAGAAAAUUAUGAAAAAUGUCAAAGAGAAAUUGUUGAUGAGGUCGUUUCGACGGCUGCCACAUACGUUCCUGUUUUCACUAAGUUGGAGAUUUCAGUUUCGAAACUGGAUGUGAUUGUUUCUUUUAGUCAUGCUGCGGCAUUUGCUCCUAUCGAAUACGUUAGACCAAGUCGCAUGUAUUCUCUAAACUCUGAAAGACGUGUGUGCAACUUGAAAGAGGCAAGACAUCCAUGCUUGGAGCAGCAAGAGAAUAUGAUGUUUAUAGCAAAUGAUAUCCACAUGGAGAAAAAUAAGGAGGAAUUUCUCAUAAUAACGGGACCAAACAUGGGUGGUAAAUCCACUUAUAUACGGACGGUUGGUGUCAUUGCGUUAAUGAACCAAAUAGGUUGUUUUAUUCCAGUUUCAGAAGGUUCUGAAAUUUGCAUAGUCGACUCGAUUCUUGCUCGUGUUGGUGCUUCAGACUCCCAACUAAAAGGUGUUUCUACCUUUAUGUCAGAAAUGCUUGAGAUGUCAUCAAUUAUCAAGACUGCUACAGCAAACUCAUUAAUUAUUGUGGAUGAAUUGGGCAGAGGUACAUCCACUUAUGAUGGUUUCGGUCUAGCAUGGUCGAUUUCCGAAUAUAUAUCGACGAAAAUCAAGGCAUUCACGUUAUUUGCUACACAUUUCCAUGAGCUCACAACAUUAGCAGAAAAAAUCCCUACAAUUAGUAACCUUCAUGUUAUGGCACAUGUGGAAGAUGUGGAUAACGUUGCAAGAAAAGGUUCAACCGACAAUAUAACACUUCUCUACAAAGUAGAGCCGGGUAUUUCUGACCAGUCCUUCGGAAUUCAUGUUGCCGAAAUUGUCAGAUUUCCUAGUAAGAUCAUCUCUAUGGCGAAAAGAAAAGCAUCGGAGCUAGACGAUAAUGAGGAUGAAAAUGCAGAUAGUAAGAGGCCACAUUUCUCUGAUGAUGAGCUUCUUGGUGGAAGAGAAACUUUAAAGGCUGUUUUGAAAGCAUGGAAAAGUAGCGUCGAAAGUAAAGGAGGCCUUGAAAAACUAUCUAGUGAUGAAGUUACUGGAGAGCUUAGAAGUAUUGUUUCUACAAAGUUCAAAUCGGAGUUCGAAGCCGACAAAGUUUUACAAUAUAUUUUGGCACUUUGA